AUGGAAGACAAGCUUCGCCAUCUCCUGACGGAGCUCUACAAGGAGACGCCGUGCAUGCCGAUCGUGGUGCGGUUGGCGUGGCACGACUCGGGGUCGUACUGCGCGCGCACGAAGACGGGGGGAGCCAACGGGACAAUCCGGUUCUCGCCGGAGGCGGACUUUGGGGCGAACAACGGGCUCGGGAUUGCGCGCAACCUACUAGAGCCGAUCAAGAAGGCGGUGCCAGAGGUGUCGUACGCGGAUCUGUAUCAGCUAGGGUCCGUGGUGGCGAUUGAGUUUGCCGGCGGGCCGAAGAUCCCGUUCCGGUUCGGGCGGAAGGACCUCCCGCAGGAGAAGUGCUCCCCGGACGGGCGGCUGCCGGACGCGACCAAGAGGAUGCCGCACCUGCGCGAGAUCUUCUCCCGCAUGGGCUUCGACGACAAGGGCAUCGUGGUGCUCUCCGGCGCGCACGCGCUGGGCAGGGCCAGGAAGGAGAGGAGCGGGUUCGACGGGCCGUGGACCAGCGACCCGCUCGUGUUUGAUAACUCGUACUACCAGGAGAUCUUAAAGGAGGACCCCGACCCGAAGCUGCUCAGGCUCGCCAGCGACAUGGCGCUGCUGGACGACGCGGAAAACAGAAAGCUGGUCGAGCUGUAUGCCGCCGAUAAGGACGCGUUCUUCAAGGACUACGUCGAGCAGCACGUGAAGCUGAGCGAGUUGGGCAUGAUGGCGUAGAAGGGUCUGGAUGCCGAAGCGAUGCCGAGGAGGUGCUGAAGUCUUCAGCACCUCUUCAGCCUGAAGAGAUGCCGAAGAGAUGCCGAAGAGAUGCUUCCAGAAUUCGGUGCCCGUCAACGGAUCAUACAGCAAAUGAGUGUCCGAUAGAAUAAAGCUCUUAAUUUUUGCCGCUUGUCCCGCCUCCU